AUGGCUGACAAUUUGAAGGAGUCGUCCGUUUUCCGGAUUCAGAAAACAGAUGUGACAGGACCUGAUGAGCUGAUAACACCAGUUGAAGAUUUAAAGGAAAGCCAGAAAACAACAAAUUUGCUAGUAACGAAGACAACUGAAAUCAUCAAAAAUGAACAACCAUCAUCAAUCUCGAAAAAAGUUAGUCAAACUAAAGAUCAGAUCGGAAAAAUUCUUUCAAAUACGGAAAUAGCCAAUAAAACACCAAGAGAGAGAAGUAAACUGGAAAAAAAAGAUGUAAACUGGAAAAAAUGCGGAAUCGCAAAGUCAGAACAGCGUGUAAUCUCGAAAAAACUGGAUAAGACUGAUAAAACAAUAUCACUGGAUCAUAAAACAAUAAGCCAGAUGAAGACUGAUAAUAAUAGAAGCUUUCCGGAUGCAAACAAAAUGAUACGGAAAAUCACUGAUGAAACAACCGGAACUCUAACAAUUCAAAAUGUUGAAACUAAAUCAAAUCAAAGUAUAUUUCCGGCAAGUAGCGGAAGCGAACUGCGAUUAAAUUCGAGAAAUGAAACGUUCACAGAUAAAUCACAAAGCUCAAAUAAGAAUUUAUUGAUAACACAUCCUAUCAGUAAUAAAAUCAAAAAACAAUCUCUUUUUUUACAAUGGAGUUUAAAUAUAAAAAGUAUUGUGAAAAAGUUAUUAAUUAAUUUACGCCAAAAACUGUUACAAAAUUUUCAUUAUUUUAAAACAGAAAAAGUUUAUGAAUUAUUUCCAUUUUUGAUUGUUGGCCAUGAUGACUUAGACUAUGAUUUGCCAAUGUUAUAUGUCACUGAAAUGAUUAUUCCAGAUGAGGAUGAUUUGGAUACGGAUGAGGAUCGGUUGGAUAGAAUGCAAAUGGAAGAUCAUGGAGUGAGUUGGGUUGACACACCUGAUAAAAUACCUGUUUGUAUGCAAAUAGUUAAUGCUUCCAUGUGGAAACCAUUUCUACCACAAACCAGAUCACCAGCGCAUAAUCGAUAA